AGUGUGGGAGGAAACCGGAGUACCCAGAGGAAACCCACCUCGGUCAUGUGAUCAGCUGUGUCCAAUCACAGCUGAUCACAUGGGACAUGUACACUGAUCAUCAGGGCACUGAUGAUCAGUGUGCCCUGAUGAUCAGUGUAGCCCCAGCAGUGCCACCUGUCAGUGUCCAUCAGUGCCUUAUGUCAGUGCCUCAUGCCAGUGCCCAUCAGUGCCACAACAGUGCCACAUAUCAGUGCACACCAAUGCCACAUAUCAGUGCCCAUCUGAGCUGCCUUUCAGUGUCACCCAUCAGUGCCAGUCAGUGCCACCUAUCAGUGCCAGUCAGUGCCACCUAUCAGUGCCAGUCAGUGCCGCCUAUCAGUGCCAGUCAG